CCUUCCCUCCCCCCAGUUAGCCCCUCCAACCGCCACCAUAACACCACACACUACUUCUCCUGGUGCUUUGCGCAUCGCUUCUUCUUCUAUAUUUCAUCUUUUUACUCGAUCUGCAGCAAGAACUGCAAUCGUACACAAGAACCUGCUUAGCUGCACGGUUUACACUUCUCAAUCAAGAACUUACGCAAAAAGUCGUAAGAUGCCACCAAAGAAGGCCGCCGUGGAGGAGAAGGUCCUCUUGGGCCGACCUGGCAACAGCUUGAAGAGCGGAAUCGUCGGCCUUGCCAACGUCGGAAAGUCCACGCUCUUCCAAGCUAUCACCAAGUGCUCGCUCGGAAACCCCGCCAACUUCCCAUAUGCCACCAUCGACCCCGAGGAGGCGCGCGUCAUUGUGCCCGAUGAGAGAUACGACUGGCUCUGCGAGAAAUACAACCCCAAAUCCCGCGUGCCUGCCAACCUGACAGUCUACGAUAUUGCUGGUCUGACCCGUGGUGCCUCCACCGGUGCCGGACUCGGAAACGCUUUCUUGUCGCAUAUCCGUGCCGUCGAUGCCAUCUUCCAGGUCGUUCGCUGCUUCGAUGAUGCCGAGAUUAUUCACGUCGAGGGUGAUGUCAACCCCUGCAGAGAUUUGGACAUUAUCAGCGAGGAGCUGCGCAUCAAGGACAUCGAGUUCACCGAGAAGGCGCUCGAGGCCAUGAAGAAGCUUACCCGUCGUGGUGGCCAGAGUCUUGAGGUCAAGAAGCUCAAGGAGGAGGAGGCUACCAUCGAGAAGGUCCUUGCCAUGCUGAAGGAUGGCAAGGAUGUCCGCAAGGGCACCUGGACACCAAAAGAGGUCGAGCACAUCAACCCUCUGUUCCUGCUCAGCGCCAAGCCCGUCGUGUACUUGGUCAACCUCAGCGAGAAAGAUUACAUCCGCAAGAAGAACAAGCAUCUCGGCAAGAUCGCAGAGUGGCUGAAGGAGCACGCCGCUGGAGACCCAAUUCUUCCCCUGUCCGUCUGCCUCGAGGAGCGUUUGACCCGCUUCGAGACUGAGGAGGAGGUCCAGGCUGAGCUGAAGUCUCUCGGCGUCGAGUCCGCCCUCCCCAAGAUCGUCGUCACCAUGCGCAAGGUCCUGAACCUCGGCAGCUUCUUCACGACUGGAACCGAUGAGGUCCGCCAGUGGACUAUCCGCAACGGCACCAAGGCACCUCAGGCGGCUGGUGUCAUCCAUGGUGAUUUCGAGAAGACUUUCAUCCAGGCCAUUGUCUACAACUUUGAGAAACUCAAGGAGCUUGGUAGCGAGGCUGAGAUUAAGGCAAAGGGACAGAUUCAGACCAAGGGCAAGGACUACGUGGUUAACGAUGGUGACAUCCUUUUGAUCAAGGCUGGAGCCGCAAAGAGCUAAAUCUACAUAUCUUAAUAAAUCUUAAUAAAGAAGAUAUGUUGUGGUUGCAUGCCUUUUGACGCUAUGUCUUUUGUAUAGCUGAGGCAGGGUUGGGUUGGGUUGGCGUUGGCGGAAAUGAACCCAAUCACUCACAUAGAAUGAGGGUAUUCCGUAGAAUCUACGGAUAAGCAGCCAUAAUACAAAGCGUAUGCCGUAAACUGUGAGGCAAUGAACUUAAUAAAUCAAUGUGUGGGUCUGGUGGAUUGUGUGAUAUAUUUUCUCGUGUGACUAUACAGUAUUCAAUGC